CAGGCCGCGCGCCAUGGCCACCUUCGUCAGCGAGCUGGAGGCGGCCAAGAAGAACCUGAGCGAGGCGCUGGGCGACAACGUCAAGCAAUACUGGGCUAACCUGAAACUGUGGUUCAAGCAGAAGAUCAGCAAAGAAGAGUUUGACCUUGAAGCUCACAGGCUCCUGGCCCAGGAUAAUGUUCAUUCGCACAACGAUUUCCUCCUGGCCAUACUCACCCGAUGCCAGAUCCUGGUUUCCUCCCCAGAUGGCACGGGAUCCACGCCUUGGUCCGGGGGCUCGGCCACAAAACCCGGGAAGCCAAAAGGAAAGAAAAAGCUCUCUUCGGUGCGCCAGAAGUUCGACCACCGAUUCCAGCCCCAGAACCCGCUGUCGGGCGCCCAGCAAUUCGUGGCCAAGGACCCCCAGGACGACGAAGACCUGAAGCUCUGCUCCCACACCAUGGCGCUGCCCACCCGGGGCCAGCUGGAGGGGAGGAUGAUCGUCACCGCCUUCGAGCACGGGCUCGACAACGUCACCGAGGAGGCCGUGAGCGCCGUGGUUUACGCCGUGGAGAAUCACCUGAAGGACAUCCUGACCUCCGUGGUGUCGCGGAGGAAAGCUUACCGGUUGAGGGACGGCCACUUCAAGUUCGCCUUCGGGAGCAACGUGAAUCCCCAGCCCUACUUGAAAAACAGCGUCGUCGCGUACAACCAUCUAAUAGAGUGCCCCCCGACCUGCGCGGCCCCUUCGGCCGGCCCGAACCCGGCCUCGCAGCCGGCCCCCGACGACGCCGAGCAGCAGGCCGCGCUCCUCCUGGCCUGUUCGGGGGAUAGUCUUCUGGCCGCCCUGCCCCCCGUCAACAUGUACGACCUGUUCGAAGCCUUACAGGUGCACCGGGAGGUGAUCCCCACGCACACGGUCUACGCCCUGAACAUGGAGAGGGUCAUCACGAAGCUGUGGCACCCCAGCCACGAGGAGCUGCAGCAGGACCGCGUCCACCGCCAGCGCCUGGCCGCCAGGCAGCGGCUCCUGCUGGGCUGAGGCGUCGGGGAAGGAGGACCCGGGGAGACCUUGCGUCCCGCGGGCCGGGGGGCCCCGGGGACUCGCGGCAGCCUUUUGGAGCCACGACUGUCCAUGGCUCAUCUCUGGUCACCCGGCCGUGGAGCUUGUACACGGUGGCCUGUCCUCUUCUCUCCAGUCCGGGACCGAGGGUAGCCUCCGCCCUCCCACAUGCCUUCCUUCCUGAAUUGAGCGCGGAGGCUCCGCGGCCUUCAGCUUAAUUCUCCCCCCAUGGGGGAUCCCACCCUUCCCUCCAGGACAAUGGGUUCUGCCCCACACCUUGCAGGCUCUACCAGGCCCGGGACUCCAACCUCGGGCACUUUGGAGACCGGGGACUGGCUCUGGUUCACGGAAGCGUUGGGAGUCCAUCCAGGAGAGCGGGUGGCCCUCUGCUCUCAGCCAGGCAGGACAAAGGCCCCGCAGACGGUUCCGACCCGAAGAUCAUACUAGCUUAAACGGCUACGGUUCCCUAAGCCUAGGACGUGAUGAGUCAAGCAGAGGGAAAUCCCCGUCUUCCAAGACACCAAGGGCCCCGGCUCACGAAACUUAAGAAGCCGUCGGGUCCCGGGGAGGGGGUCACGGCAGGCACCAGGACUGCUGUCAUGGUUUGAUAGGGGAGCGGAGGUCAUGAGCUGGCAGGGGCCGGGCUUCAGCCGUCAGACCCCUCUUCUAACAAGGCAGCCGGGCGCUGGAGUCCGGGCUCGUAAUCUCAGUAUUUAUUGAGCGCACUCUUCCCCUCCACACACCCCCUUGCCCCAAACCCUCGGGUAUGACACAUUGUAUCAAGUGCUAGACUGAGCAAUCGAUUUUUUUUAAUCAUUGUAUUUUCUUAAGCCUUUGUCUAAUAAAGAUGCCAAAAUAGU